AUGCCGUCGCUGCAUGGCUAUCGUGGCAGCUGUCGUGGCGAGUACUUUGACCGCUGGCCGACCAACUGGGCUGUUCGACAUGGCCACCUCGAGAUCCUCAGUGUCUCUGCGGUCGCGUUCCCCAUGGUCUACCUCCACGACGUCUUUGACCAGCGCGGCUCGACCGUUGACGCGCUUUUGCCUGUCACUCGAUAA